AUGACUGGCUGCUGCAACGUCUUCAAGGUUGAGCUCCGAUGGCCCGAGCAGAUAGCAACGUCGAAUUGGUUCCCACCACUGGUCUACACGAUCUUCAACGGGCUCCUUGCGAUUGUUUUUGUCGCAUUUCUGAUCAUGAUUCUCUCCGACAGCAUCCCAGACAUUGGCGCAUUCUGGCUCAUUUACCUGACAAAUUGGGCAUUGAUCGUGGAAACGAUUGCUAUGGUGAUGCUUUGCAUCUCCACCGUGUGGGCGUACGCCAAGUUGCCUGAUGGCCCCUCGCAGGGAAAGGCUCCCCUCUUUGUUCGCUACACUGUGGCCUUGUGGUAUUUGAUUCAGCCAUUGUCAUUGAUUGUGGUGAUUUUGUACUGGACCCUCAUUAAUCCACUUUGGGAUUUACAGCCUGUUGAUCUCUUGGGUCUGUGGGCGCAUUUGCUGAACUGGCUGUGUCUUUUGCUCAGCUUUUUUGCGGCCCGCAUUCCAUGGUCCUUCAAGAACUUCAUUUGGGGUUUGGUCUUCCUUCUUACCUACCUCGGCUGGACUUUGAUUCACUUCUUCGCGCAAAUUGGUACCCCUAGUGGUUGCGAACUCUAUAUCGAUCCGGAGUGCCCCAUCUAUGACGCGUUUGAUUGGAAUAUGCCGAUGAUGACCACAAUCAUUACCAUUUUUGCCUUGGUGGGAUAUGCCGUGCUCGCAGGACUCUACACGGCCUUCGUCCGUUGCCGCCAAUGCUGCUUCCCCACGCCCGUGGGAGAAGUGGAAACCAAAGAUGGACCUCAGAACGUUGAGACGAUUGAGAACGCUGCCUAG